UCUUCGUGUAGAACUUUAGCAACCAAAGGCAAAAGAGUGAGUCUGAGGAAUGGAUAGUGAAAAGUUGAAUGGAGUUGAUGAUAUCAAAUGGCUUUGCUCACUAAACGAGACUGAACUUGAUUUCCUAAUGAGUUUGAAAGUGAUGCUUCUCAGACGAGCAAAACAAAUGGGUUCCAAAGCUUUAGCCAAAAAGUUUGAUUUAAAGUUUCUCCGCGCUCUCGGUUUUAUUUUCAUUAACAAACUUAAAGGACACCUUCAAAGUUCUAUUGGGUCGUCGUCCUCCUCGUCUUUGGAUAAUUGUAAAUUGCUAAAGUUUGAUAUUGACACGUGUUUCAAAAACUUGAGCAUUCAAGAGUUGGACACGUAUAUUUGCACUGAAAAGAGGAAAAGAUCAGUGCUUUCCAUGUUGUUGGAAGACAUGCCUCCCGGCCAGAAGCAGAGAAGCUAGAGCAAUUUAUAAUGAGAAUAUGGAUGGGUAAAGUAAACCGCAACCGCCGUAUAUAUUAAUUAUGGAUUGGUCAUUUGGUCAUGUCAAACGGCUGGCUUUUGUAUUCGGUGUACAACGCCCGCCUAUAUAUUUUGGCUUUUUUGAUGGAUGUCAAACUUAAUUAAGUGCUUUCCCCGGCCCACAUAAUUCUUGGGGCCCAAUUUUCAAUUCAAACACAAAGUUCCUACUCACUGUGUCCAUCAGAAAUACAUACAGUGCCAUAUAUGACCCUAUACUCCCCAACUAGCCUGCUCAUCAACAUUGUAAAAGAUUUCAUGUGUUUUUUACCCUUUGUUGUUUUCUUUUCAUUUUUUUUCUCUUCUUUUGUUAUUCCCUGUUCUUCUUACUUUCAUGUACUCCUCUUUGCUUCUUCAUUAAUGAAAUUCUCUUUUCAAAUAAAAAAUCACAGUAUAAUUCAUAUACCUUAUUGAUGGAGUUUAAUUCUAACUAGUACAGUACCCGUGCAUACGCACGGGGAAAUAAUCGAUGGAUAUAUUUGUAAUCAUGAUCUAAUUAAUUAGAAACGGAAAUAAUUUCAAAAAACUGACAUUCUUCUUAAAAGCGAGUACAAUAUCUGAAUA